CCUGCUCAGACCGCUCCCACGGAAACAGCUGGAUUUGGUCAAUGUUUCUCGCUGGAGCAAUUCCACCUCCUUGUAGUUGGAGAUUCCUCAUUUUCAGGGGUCUCCUUGGAGGAAUCCGGGAGGCCAGAGAGGCAUUUUGCAACCAUCUUCAGGUUUCCCAGACAGGAGAAAUCUUGUCUAGGUGGAAAGAUCGAGGUAUCCUUUGUCACAAAGCCGAUGGCCGACAGAGAGGUGCCCAGGACGGGAUUCAGCCUGCAGUUGCAAGCUGCUUUGGAGAAAUGGAUGCAGCCAGGAUUCAAAAGACAGGAUCCAGGACGAGUGGUCUCCAAACCAGAUGAGGAACUGGGAGGAGACGGGAAGGUCUUCAGGGGGCUUGAGGGAAUGGAGCAACUGGUGAAACAGGAGCCAGACCUGCUCUCUCAGCAGUGGGAAGCCCAAUGGCAGGAGUUCUUGAAGAUGGCGGAAUCCCAGCAGCCCCGGGGGAUUGUGUCACUGGCCCAGGAGGAGCCCUCGCCAUGGGAUGAUGCCAAGGCCUUCCUGGCCUCCUUUGAGCAGGUAGCCAAGGCCUGCCAGUGGCCCAGGGAGGAGUGGGCAUCCCGGCUGCUGCCCGCCCUCCGAGGAGAAGCCGAGCAAGCUUAUCACAGUCUGGAAAGGCCAGACAGGGAGGAUUAUGGGAAAGUGAAGGCGGCCAUCUUGCACAGGGAUGCCCUGAGCCGGGAGAAGCAGCGCCAGCACUUCCGGCGUUUCUGCUACCAGGAGGCCGAGGGCCCGCGGGGGGCGUACAGCCAGCUGCAGGCGCUUUGCCAUCAGUGGCUGAAGGCUGAGCACCACUCCAAGGAGCAGAUCCUGGAGCUGCUGAUCCUGGAACAGUUCUUGGCCGUCCUGCCUGCCGAGAUCCAGAGCUGGGUCCGAGGAAACAGCCCAGAGACCUGCGCCCAGGCGGUGUCCUUGGCCGAGGAUUUUCUGCAAAUGCAAGAGGAAGCUCAGCAGCAGGAGCAGCAGAUGUUCAAGGAAGUGAGGGAUGCUGCAGAGGAUUGUGGGAAGGGACAACUGUUCAGGGAGGCUAAUCAUGAGGGGAACAUUGGAGAUGCUGGUGAAGGGGUUAGAUGUGUUGACAAGAUGGAGAAAUAUGCGCUGGAGAAUUCUGGGCCUGUAGCAUCACAUGAGAUGCUCACUGGGAGAACAGAAGACCAAGUGGCUCAGUUCGGUGAGCAGGAAAACCUUUCCCAAAGUGAAGACAGACUAAUUUGGCAGCCGAAAUUUCUUCCCAAGGAAAUGGGUAAUAGUGCUGUUCCUAGUCGAGGAAGUUACAAGGAGCUCAGCCAUCCCAAAAUGCCCACUGGUCAGAAGUAUGGCACCUCCAGUGUUAUUGCAAGGAGCUUCUACCAUAAAUCAAACUUUGCUAAACAAAAGAAAACCCACACAGGAGAAAAAACAUACAGCUGUUUGAAUUGCGGGCGGAGAUUCAGUCGUAGGUCAAAUCUUAAACGUCACGAGAGCAUCCACACAGGGGAGAGACCCCAUGAGUGCUCGGAUUGUGGAAAAAAGUUCACUCGGAAGUCUUACCUCAUUAAACAUAGCACUGUUCACGCGUAUGGAGCAUCAACGUAGGAAGGACAGCUGGCAGGAAAAGACGGGCACGUAGAAAAACUGUACCAUGGAUAAACAAGUUGAAAAGGGUGGAUUUGAUUGCUAUUCAGAUCUUCACUGUUCUCAGGGAGCAUAUGUUGCAGGCUGGGUUGGGAAUCCUGGGGAAUACUAGGACCACGGGGAAAUGUUAAUCGAGAAAUACAUCACGUAAGAGGAUUCCUCCAGAGCUUCAUAAAGUGUGAGCAGAUUUCUUUGGGGAGCUCAUGAUGCACGAGA